GGCUUUUUUCACUUCGCGCACUCUUUUGAAAUUGGAAUAUUUGUGUGUACUCUCCCGCAAAGAAAUGAUGUUACUGGAAUGGAUAUGAGCGACAGAUUAAUCAAAAUGCAGCGAAUUAAUGAUAGAGAAAUUCCAGAUGAGCGAAGAGAGUAAGAAGAGAGGUUGUGGUCACACCGAGUUACCGAUGACGAAGUGGACAUGAGUUGGUCGCCCAGAUGGUCGCCAUUGCGGGUUCUGAUUUUCAUUCUUCUCGAAUACGGUAAAGCGAGAGCGACAAUGGCGGUGGAAGAAUCUACCUUCCCUCGUUUGAUAGUACCUGCUUCCCACACGGCACUGUCUGGCGACUUGACAGUUAUUAUUUUAGACUUCCCAUCAACAAAUCCUAUACAAUCACAAGAGGAAUUAACCGCAAUACCAACGACAAUAACAAGUUCUCCCAUGGAUGGGGAUAACGAGGAUUAUGAAUUGACCAAAAAUGAGAACACAAUUCAGGGUCCUUAUGUUCUUAGUGUUCUGAGACUGGAUGAAUUUACAUCAGAGCUGGUUGGCCAAGUUCCUGUUGAAACUCAUUCGCCCAUAGGUGGCAAUAUCUCCCUGACCAUUCCCUGUGGCUUCUUCUCACGAGGGGGAACCUACUCUAUACGUCUUCAAUCAAAGUCUGCAUCCCCGCCCCCAAAAUUUACCAACAUUGCGAAUCUUCACCAAGUUCAGAUGAGGUCGACAUUAGAUGUAAGAUGGCCAGUUCCCUCUCUAUCCAUAGAAUCACAACAUUUACAAACUUAUCCGGGCCAGCCAGUUUUAGCAGCUUUGGAAUACACAGGAGUUUCUUGUCAACCUUCCCCGGGGGUUCCAAUUACAACUUAUUCAUUGCAGCUUAUUUUUUGUGGCGUCAGUGUUCUGUCUUGUGAUCCAAGAAACAAGACUCUAGUACAGAUGCUCUAUACGGAAGAGGUAAAAGGGUUUCCUACACAGAGGGUCGUUGAGCUGCGAUGCGAAUUUUUCGGUUUGGCCGGACAUUACGCUUUGAGGCUGAAACCCUCGGAAGCUAAUCCCAAUGCUCCAACUACCAGUGCCUACAUUAAGGUGGAAUGGUCUGAGCAAUUCGUCUUCAAUGUUCACGCAAGGUCUAUUUAUCCUUGCGAUUCAGGCUCUGGAGGAGUCUCGGUUCUCUUCGAAUAUCCGUCUUGCAGACUCCCUGGUGAUCGUGUGCGAGUUUACGGACGCCUGAGGGCUGACGUCGCGUCGCUCGCACCACCUUCAUCACUUCAUUACAUCGCAGAAUUGAAAGCGCCUCCAGGAAGGCAUACACUGACCUUCGACUGUGACAUCUUCACUGAAAGAUUUGUUGAGUACUGUUUCGUUUAUGUUAGCGAAGCUAUUACUGGUGCCAUGGCCGAAGUUAGGGUCGACUGCAUUCCCACCUUUCCACUCGAAGAAGGUGACGCAGGAGAUUGGGGUCCUUGGAGCCAAUGGACUCCAUGUAGCAGUUCUUGCGUCGGAGGAAUAAGGAAUCGUUAUAGGUUUUGCGACAACCCACCCCCACAAUAUGGAGCCCAAUUUUGUCAGGGGAAGGCUGUUGAUACUGAGGCAUGCGGGGGUACAAAACAUCUGGAUCUUCAUGGAUCUUUGAGCCAAGGCGACUGGGAAUGUCGUCAUGGUCGAGGUUUGGCGGCCGACAGACCGGAAGUGACUGCCGAAGUCGGUAGCAAGUGUAGAUGUGGUUGCGUCCUGAAUAUGAAUGUCGAAAAAGCUAGAACGAUUCUGGCUGCGAGCACCCAAGCGUGCCCUGGACGUUCCUUCUGGCUGAUUCAGGUUUCAUCAGAAAAUGUGAUCAGGCUUCAUUUGGAUCAGGCUAAGCUUCCUUGUCCAGGCCAAUAUGUUCGUGCACGUGACGGAGAUUCUCUUAGCGCUGAACUUCUUGCAGACGUUGCAUUUGACAGAAAAGAACCAACCACAGGAACGAUUGUCUCUUCAGCGCAAACUUUACUUCUCGAGUUUUUUAGCGAUGAAGUGAUGGCAGAAGGAGAGUCUUGCGUCGGUGGCUUUCUGGCUCAUAUAUCAAUGCUGUCAAAACCACAGUCGGAAAAUGGAACCUCGCUGCCAACAACAAUAUACCUAAAACCGAAAAUCAUGGCUGCAGCUGGCAGAUGGGCUCAAUGGCUAACUCCAGCCCAUCUUGCUGCUGCUUCGCUUCUGGUUCUGACAUUUCUGGUCUCCGUUUUUCUGGCGCUGCAGUACGCCCUUAAAUAUCGGAAAUACCAGAUUGCUGAGGAUUUGGAUAGUCUUGCAGAUAAUUCUACUUGCAGUGAUACGAUACCAGGUUCUAGAAGAGUCAGAGCCAUGUCCUCAUCAACUUUAAUUUCCGAAGUUGUUUCUCUCGUCCGAUUACCCAUGAGAGGUUCUUCUAAACACGCGAGAUUAGAGGAAACAUCUGCUGAUAUUGAGGAUGGUUAUGACAGUACAGAAACUCAAGCAGAUGUUGAGGAAGAACAAAGUACGGAAUCGAGUACCAGAAAAGGGGAAGAUUUGGAUGAAAAUGGAUCAGAGAAAACAAUUACUCCGAGUGCAGUGAGCACUCCUAUAAGAAAAGCAUCAACACCUAAAUCUUCGACUUCUGAACAACCAGAGGUCAAGUACGCCCGUCCAGUUAAGCUUCGCACGGUGGGUCCCAUAAGUCCCGUUUCGGAAGAGGGCCUCACGUCCGAAGACAGCCGACGAUACAGCUCAACAAGUGCUUCGACCAGUUUGAAUAACAGCUUCUCUCCAGCCAGCAGCAGUUCUUCGAACACCUCGACCCUGCGAUGUGGGAAGGAUUCCAAGGAACGUCGAAAUCGAGAACGUCUUCUCCACGGUCCUGGUUCAGAGUUCAGCCUCGCCAAUACAGAAGUUGAUUUAGAAAUGGAUUACUACGACUACAACGUCGUGAAUGCAGGCGCAGCGCCUGGUUCUUACCUAGGAAUGGAUCCAGCUUUUCUUGUCUGGAUUCCACCCUUGGGUUCUGAUGAAUCUGAUAUUCUGGAUACCAUCGAUGAAGACCAUCGUAAGGAGGAAGCUUCAGAAGCCAGAAGACUCGACACUGAAGGAGCAGCUUUAACAGCAGCUGAGUACGAGAAAAUUAAAGAGAAUGAGAUUCUUCCUAGAAGACUCGAUCCUGGCGAGAGUCGCCUUCAUGACGAAAUAAUCUCUGAGUAUAGAGCAAGACUGAGAGAAGGAAUGCUUCCAAUUCACAGGAUCUUGGAAGAUUCUAGAGUGAGGAUCAGCGAGGAAUCUCUGUCUAGGCAGGCUCCUGAUGAAUGUGGGGGAUUCUCGACUGAUAUCAUCCCUAAUAGACUGAAUGUGGAGGUGGACUCUCGGCAGGUGACUCCCACGCAUCGUUCGUUCGGUCGGGGUCAGAGGAAAAAUAACCUGGACACUCUCAGGUCUCGAAGAGCCGCAAAAGAGCAGCACAGUCCAGAGCUGGAUCGAGAUAAAUGCGAGGUCAAAGUUCAUGAAAGUUCCCCGCCUAAACCAAAAACUCUGAACGUCCCUCUCGAUUACAGAGACAUCGUCGAGUUGAACCUUGUUAGCGAAAAAAGCAGUGUUGGAGUUUUAGGUGAUAUUCCCAUGACCGAGUUUUCAAGGAAUCGUCAGGAAUCUCCAGUCAAAGUUCACAGAUCAAAAGACAGUAAAAAAGAAAGUGUGAGUGAGAAGGAAAUCCAAAGUCCUGAUUAUGGGGUUGAAGCUGACAUAAAAGAAACUUCUCGAGAUUCCUUUUAUGAUCUUAUUGGUGAGGGAGAAGAUGUUUUCAAAUUUGCAGAUGAUGAUGAAUAUGUUGAUAACAAAAUUACAGUCUGAAAAAAUCAAGUUUGAGUACAUACUGUGUAUAGACUCUGAUUAGA